AUGGUCAUAUUUGCUAAUGGCGAAACUUUGAUUGGUAAAACUUUGACUGGAGAAACUACGAUUGGAAAUUUUGUAAUUGGUAAAACCAAUACUGGAAUAUAAAUGGUUGGAAUAUCUGUGAAUAACAUAAAUAAAACUGGUAACAAAACUGGAAUUUCUGGUGUAAUCAUCCUGGAUGGUCUAAUAGAUGGUAGCAUAAUAAUUAAUAUAAUAUUAAUAUGUGUAAUAAUAAUAACGACUGGUUUAGCUGGAAAUGGAAUAUAUGUGAUAGUUGUGAUGGAUAAAAUUGCCAAUGGAGAGAUUUUGACUGGAGAAACUUUCCUUGGAAUAGUUUCGAUUGGUAAAAUAACUGUAUGUGGUAAAAUUCUUACUGGAAUAUAAAUGGAUGGAGAGUUUGUGAUUGGCAUAAAAAUUCUUGGUAGAAUAAUUGGAAUAAUUGGUGUAGUUAACCUUUUUGGAAUAAUAGAUGGAAUUAAUAAUAAUAAUGGAAUAAUAACUUCGGAAACAACUGGUAUAAUAAUAACUAUGGAAACAAUUGGAAUAAUUAUAAUAAUAAUAGUAUAAAUUAAUAUUAUUAAUAAUAUUAAAAUGACUGGUAUAAUUGGAAAUGGAAUUCUUGCGAAAAUUGUAAUGGCUAAAACUGUUAAUGGAGAUUUUUUGAUUGGAUAAAUUUCGACUGGAGAAACUAUGACUGGUAAAGCAGUAUUUAUAUAAACAAUUUCUGGAAUAUAAACGGAUCACAUAUAUGUGAUUGGCAUAAGAAUUCUUGGUAAAAUAACUGGAAUUAUUGGUGUAAUCACCCUGCUUGGAGUAAUAGAUGGUAAAACGGUAAUAUAUGCAACAAUAAUGAUUGGUUCAAUUGGAAAUAGAAUAUAUGUUGUGAUAACUGUGAUGGGUCUUUCUGUUAAUGGAGAAGCUUCGACUGGAGAAACUUCAACUGGUAAAACUUUGACUGGAAUAAUUCAAGCUUUUGGAACAAUUAAUGGUGGAAUAUUAACGGUUGGCGUAUAUGUGAUUUACAUAAGAAAAACUGGCAAUAAAACUGUAACCAUUGGUGUAGUCAUCCUUAAUGGAAUAAUAAUAGAUAUAACCAAAAUUAUUUAUAAAGUUAUUAAAAAAACUGGCAAAAUCCAAACACAAUGA